AGCUACGGUAAGCAUGAUAGUUAAGUUUCAAGCUCUAUCCCGAUAAAAACAGCACGUGAAAUCCACGUUAUUGCUACGUGAAAUCCACUGUUACUGUGUGUUUGCUGGGCUUACUUAUCAAUAUGGCACCAGUAGCGCGAUUCUGUAACUCGUUAUGUCGUCGUUACGGGCUUUGCGCAGAUCUAAUAUACCGUAGAAAAGCUGCGCAAAGCCCGUAACGACGACAUAACGAGUUACAGAAUCGCGCUACUGAACCCAAGAAGGAGGGCUCUCGACCCACACGUACGUUACGAUGUACAUGUGUGAGUGUGCGAUCCGCUCGAAUAUUGUUCAGCGGAUUGUUGAGCGUAUCAAAAACGGCGGAUCGUCCGUGAUUGGUCGACGAGUUGAUACGCCCGAUACGCGCGUAUCGCGAUACGCGCCAUGGGACGGCACCCUGACAGGUAAUCUAUUUGUUUCAUUUUAACUUAUUGCACUAGUUCAGUAGUGCAGUAAUAAAGAACAGGCCUCUGGUGUGCACAAAUCUAUUGUAAAUCCGGCCUUAAGUUCUCCUCCUAUGUAAAUAUACCUUAAGGCCGUCCAUAUCGGCUUUAAAAACACCUUAAAAGUUUCCCGCCGAAAGUGGUUUCGGCGACGUGAUAUGUCGGUAUCGGUUGGUUUACAUUUGCCUGGUAAUUUAAACAGAAAGAAGUAGCCGGCUUGCUCGCGCGAAAUGGAGGGCUUUGACGAUCCUGGCGUGUUCUUCUCCGACAAUUUCGCGGUGGAUGAGGUUCACGAGAACCGCGUGAAUCUCCAACAUUCCAAGAGAAAAUUCAAGGAGUUUAUCCGACAGUUUCACGAGGGUAACUUCAACUACAAGUACCGAGAUACCUUAAAACGCAACUACAACCUCGGUCAGUACUGGCUGGAGAUCAAUCUCGAGGAUUUAGCCGCUUUCGACGAGUCGCUCGCGGAGAAGAUCCAAAAGCUCCCGACGGAGUACUUAUCUGUUCUCGAGGAGGCCGCGAAGGAUGUCGCAGACGAGCUUACGGCUCCGCGACCCGAGGGCGAGGAGAAGAUGGAAGACAUUCAGGUGUUGCUAUGCUCGGACGCUCAUCCAAGCUCUCUGAGGGGAAUGAAGCCAGAUAUUGUUUCCAAGUUGGUCAAAGUUCCUGGUAUAAUUGUUUCUGCGUCUGGCAUUAGAUCGAAAGCGACGAAAAUUGCGAUACAGUGUCGCUCUUGCAAAGUCACUCAAGUUAAUAUCGCCAUCAAGCCUGGUCUGGAGGGAUACGCGCUACCCAGAAAGUGCACCACAGAACAAGCCGGCCGUCCGAAAUGCCCCCUGGAUCCUUUCUUUAUAAUGCCGGAUAAAUGCCACUGCGUAGACUUUCAGGUGUUGAAGGUUCAGGAGCUGCCGGAUCACAUACCGCAGGGCGAGAUGCCCAGGCACUUGCAGCUGUAUUGCGAUCGAUAUCUGUGCGACAGAGUCGUACCUGGCAAUAGAGUUCUGAUACUCGGGAUAUAUUCCAUCAAGAAGGUGUCCAAGACUGGUGGCAAAGGUGCAGGCAAGGAGAAGACGCUAAUAGGUGUUCGAGCUCCAUAUAUUCGUGUUCUUGGUAUCUCUGUGGAUGGAGAAAAUACCAACAUAGGAACUCAACCGCCCGUUACAUCCGAAGAGGAGGACCUUUUCACUCGGUUAGCGGCGGAUCCUAAUCUCUACGAGAGAAUUGCAAAGAGCAUAGCUCCCAGUAUUUUCGGCGCAACAGACAUCAAGAAGGCUAUCGCGUGUUUACUGUUUGGCGGCUCGAGAAAACUAAUGCCGGAUGGGUUGUGCAGGAGAGGCGACAUUAAUAUCUUAAUGCUGGGCGAUCCGGGUACUGCCAAGUCGCAGUUGCUGAAAUUCGUAGAGAGAGUCGCCCCGAUAGCCGUUUACACAUCGGGAAAAGGCAGUUCCGCAGCCGGUCUGACAGCAUCCGUGUCAAGAGAUCCAGCGACCAGGAAUUUUGUCAUGGAAGGCGGCGCGAUGGUACUCGCGGACGGCGGAGUCGUUUGUAUCGACGAAUUCGAUAAGAUGAAGGAGGACGAUCGAGUGGCGAUACACGAAGCUAUGGAGCAGCAAACGAUCUCUAUAGCGAAGGCGGGGAUAACGACGACUCUGAAUACGCGGUGCUCUGUGUUGGCGGCGGCGAACUCGGUUUUCGGCCGCUGGGACGAUAUAAAGGGGGAAGAGAAUAUAGAUUUUAUGCCGACAAUCUUGUCGCGCUUCGACAUGAUAUUUAUUGUUAAAGAUGAGCACGAACACAACAGGGACGUAACUCUAGCUAAGCACGUUAUGAACAUUCACUGUAACGCCGGCCAGAUCACCGAACAAUCGGUGGAGGGAGAAAUUCCUGUGCACAUCCUUAGAAAGUACAUCAACUAUUGUAGAACGCGUUGCGGUCCAAGACUCAGUCCGGAAGCAGGAGAGAAAUUAAAAAAUCGUUACGUAAUGAUGCGGGCUGGUACAAGAGAACACGAGAAAGAUUCUGAAAAGAGACUAUCGAUACCUAUAACAGUCCGGCAGCUCGAAGCUGUUAUACGAAUCUCCGAAGCCCUGGCCAAAAUGCAGCUACAACCCUUCGCUACUGAACUUCACAUUAACGAAGCUUUAAGGCUCUUCCAAGUGUCUACAUUAGAGGCCGCAAUGUCUGGAUCAUUAGCAGGAGCGGAAGGAUUUACUUCGGAAGAGGAUCACGAAGUAUUGUCUCGCAUUGAAAAGCAAUUGAAGAACAGAUUUCCCAUUGGGCAUCAGGUAUCUGAGCAAAAUAUAGUGAAGGAUUUUCUCAAGCAGUCAUUUCCAGAACGUGCUAUUUACAAGGUUAUACAUACGAUGAUACGCCGUGGCGAGCUUCAGCAUCGUUUGCAACGUAAAAUGUUGUACAGGUUGCAUUGAAGGGUAACGAGAGCUCUCUCGAUGUACAAUACGUAUGACGUAUUUCUUGUGCUCGUACGGUGUGUUAAUUGUAAUUCUUUCUCAACUAUUUUCAUUACGAACUAAUGACUUGUUAAUUUGCGAUUAUAAAAGUUCACUUUUAAACGGA